UGGAUGCCGUACACUUCCUGCGCCCCUGCCGCCUGGGCUGCGUGGUCAUCAUUGCGGCCAUGGUGUCCCGCACCUUCACCACCAGCCUGGAGGUGUCGGUGGUGGUGGAGAGUGAGGACAUGCGCACGGGUGUACGGCACCAUUGCUGCUCCGCCCACCUCACCUUUGUCGUACGACCCCGUAACGGCGCCACUGUAACCUCCAUCGCAGCCUCCACCACCGCCACCACCGCUGCUGGCAGGUCGGCACUGCCCCCCGCACCGGUAACGACGUCAGCAUCAGGCGAUCCUGCCCCCGAAUCCGCCGGUGUCACAGUCGCCAGCAGCAGCAGCGGCAGCAGCAGCAGCGGCCGCCCGCUGAUCCCCCGAGUGUACCCCACCACUCCGGAACACCAAGCCAUGUGGGAGGGCGCGGAGGUACGGCGGCAGCAGCGGCUGGAGCGCCGUACCCGGGUACGACGGAGUCCCGAGCUGCAAGCCGCUGAGCGGGUGUGUCGGCUGCAGCCCAUUACCCACCGGGAGGGGGGAGCCAUCCUGCCGCACGCCGUCACACUCAGCAGGCCCCCGGCCGGGGCUGCUGUUGCCUUCCCCGCUGCUGUCAUCACCGCCAAACCGCCAAAUGGGCCUCCCAUCGCCGCCGCGGAAAGCAACACAAC